AAAAAACAAAAGUUUUAAACCACCUUAUUUGCGGCAGACGAUUUAAUUUUGCUGCUUUCGGUUUCGAAUUUAUCCAGUAUUCAAUUGUCUCUUUUUUGGAAUUAUUGUUAGGAUCGAUUUACAAAACGAAAAAACAUGAGAAACUGUUUCGUUCCCGGGUGUGAUCAGUACCAUAAAGGCAGUAAAGAAAAGCGGGCAAUGUUCAACGUUCCGAUCAAGUACCCGGAAUUGCUCGAACAGUGGCGACAGGCUCUCCCGAAACAUCGGCCCUUGAAAGAGUUCGACCGGGUGUGCGAAGCUCACUUCAGUGAAGAUGAUAUUCUACGCUACUGGGAACACACGAUCAAUGGCGUUGUGGAACGAAUGCUGCGGGCCAAACCCUCACUUAAGCCAACUGCGGUCCCCAACUGUUUCCAACCGGAAAUCUCCGAUAGGUUAGUGUCCAAGAUCCAAGAAACGACGGACCAAUUAUCGCCAAGUGUGAAGAAAGCAAAACGAAAAGCAUUAGAUAUUGAGGAAGGAGUUCGGAAACGGAAAUCUUCUCCUUCCAAAAACUUAGUAAUUGCUGAGGAAAGCAACGAGGAGGCAGAAGAAAACUAUCAACCUCCAGGUGGCAAUGAACCUUCAGUCGUGAUACAAAUGGAAGAGGAAAUACUUGGACCGGUUUCCGAAACGGUGCAUCCAAAAUUUGAGGUAAUUUACGAUGACGUGUACGAAGUCGAACUUCCUUCUGUCCUCUGGGGAAUUCAUCGGGAUCCGGAGAAAAAAUUUAUCUGCUUUACCGAAUUCAGCCAACAUACGAUGAGCUGCUCGAAGUACCUUUACCUGGAUCAAGUUCUAGACUUUCGAAUGGCUGUUGGGCAAAGGGUUACCAAAAGAGGAACACUAGAUGAUCCUACAACAGAGACCAUCACAGAGUUGCUAAGGUCAUUGGAUGGUAUCAAAAUACGUAAAGUGAUAAUCAAAGGAAGUUCUUCUCUAAACCAGACAGACUUGGAAUGACUGAAUUUUGUAAAAGUAAUUUUAAUCUUACUUUGGUAUUAUCGGUAUUAUCAAACUGUUCUUUUGCUGCAACUUUUCGAGUUCCAACUGCUUCAUGUAGGCUAGAAAGAUAGUCCAAAGUAAGCUACACAUGCUCACGAAGGGGACACGAUUCUUUUCGGGAACCAUGGAGAAAUUAAACGUUUGCAGUAGGGGCCAUAUGCAGAUCGCGACCUGUAAA